AUGUCCAUCAUCGCAGCUGUGACCAGAGACAGCCGCCUCCACACCCCCAUGUACUUCUUCCUGCAGAAUCUGUCCUUCUUGGACAUGUGCUACACCUCGGUCACCAUCCCCAAGGCACUGGUCAAUUCCCUCGUGGGUUCCAACCUCAUUUCCUUUUGGGAGUGUGUGGCUCAGCUCUUCUUAUUUGUCAUGCUGUGUGCUUCCGAGUGCUUCUUGCUUACGUCCAUGGCCUAUGACCGCUGUCUAGCCAUCCACAAGCCUCUCCUCUACGGCGUCAUUAUGAGUAGAAAGCUGUGUGCAGAGCUUGUUGCCAUGGCCUGGCUGAGCGGAGCUCUCUAUGCCGUUUUCCACACCGCCAACACCUUCUCCCUUCUGUUCUGUGGACCCAAUGUGGUCGACCACUUUUUCUGUGACAGCUCCCCCCUCAUGAGGCUCUCCUGCAGUGACUUCCACACCCACGAGGAAGUGGGAUUUGCAGUGGGCGGGUGCAUCAUUCUCAGUGCCUUUGCCCUCACCGUCGCCUCCUACGCUGUCAUCAUCUCUGUCAUCGCUCAGAUCCACUCUGCCAGGGGCCGUGGGAAGGCCUUCUCCACCUGCUCCUCUCAUCUUGCCACUGUUACUCUGUUUUAUGUCACUGGGAGUGUUGCUUACCUGAGACCUACUUCUCAAUACUCUCCCACUCAAGGACGACUACUGUCUGUGUUUUACUCCAUCCUAACACCCAGCCUGAACCCUCUCGUUUACUGUCUGAGAAACAAAGACAUGCAGGUGGCCCUGAAGAAGCUACUUGCCCCAUCCGACUAG